GUCGCAAUCCAAAACAAGCAAGCAAGCAAAUCAUUCGUCGUCUGGUCUCGCUUGAAAGUCACUUUAGUCCAAGACCUUUCUUCCCGCUUUCAUCUUUAGGCCUCUCGUCACAACGCCAUUGCCAAAGGGUCUUUGUUUCCCCCAGUCGCCCCUGCAUUCGUCCAACUUCAUCUCUUGCCAGUUGCGGAAUUGUUGUCUGCACGUACUGUACAUAAACAACUUCCUACUCGCUUCCCUUCUCCUACGACUGCAUCUCUUGCCUGGUGUUCUCUUGCUUGUCAUCAUCUGUUCAUACUUCAUACUCGAGUAACCAUAACCAUCAACAUAACACAAUGGAGUACACUAUGGAAAACAGCCAGAACCCUGCUCCUCAAGCCGCCAAGGUUAACGCUGGUUCCAAGGGUCCCGACUCUCAGAGCACCACCAAGAGACUCCAGACCGAGUUGAUGCAGCUCAUGACAUCGCCCGCUCCCGGUGUCUCUGCCUUCCCCUCUGCAGAUGGCGACCUCCUAUCAUGGACUGCCACUAUCGAGGGUCCUGAAGAUACCCCUUACUCUGGUCUGACCUUAAAGCUCAGCUUCGCCUUCCCUUCCAACUACCCCUAUGCGGCACCCACGGUGCUCUUCAAGACGCCCAUCUACCACCCUAAUGUCGACUUCUCCGGCCGUAUCUGCUUGGAUAUCCUCAAGGACAAGUGGACUGCCGCUUACAACAUCCAGACUGUUCUCCUCAGUCUGCAGAGCUUACUCGGUGAGCCCAACAAUGCCUCCCCCCUCAACGGUGAGGCUGCUGAGUUGUGGGACAAGGACGCCGAGGAGUUCCAGAAGAAGGUGCUGGCACGUCACGUAGAUAUCGAGGACGAAUAAAUAGUUUUUACGGGGAUUUGGGUGCUUUCAUACUUGAAUACGGGAACAGGAGUAGCAGGUGUAUGGAAUUUGGUUUGAUGACUUGUUAGGAUUACACGAUUGCAUGGCAUUUCUACAGCUGGACAAACAGCAAUGGGAGGGAGGCAUUGAUGGGGUCAGAAAUAAAUAGACCGUUGUCGAUAGCAGACCCUCUAAUCGACAGUUCAUAAC